AUGCCUUUUGGAUUGACGAAUGCACCGGCAACUUUCAUGGACUUGAUGAACCGCAUCUUUCGUGCCUAUCUUGAUCGCUUAGUAGUAGCCUUUGUGGACGAUAUCCUUAUCUACUCGCCUUCGGAGGAGGAACACCAAAUUCACCUGACCAUCGUCCUUGAACUUUUGAGAGAGCACCGCUUGUAUGCUAAACUUAGCAAGUGCAAAUUUUGGUUGUCUAAGGUCAAGUUUUUGGGUCACGUUGUGUCGAAGGAUGGCGUGUCCGUUGAUCCGGGGAAGAUAGAGUCCGUAAUGAAUUGGCAACGACAGAAGAGUGUAUUCGAAAUUCGUAGUUUCUUGGGUUUGGCCGGUUACUACCGUCGUUUUGUCCUUGAUUUCUCUCGUCUAACGGCUCCGAUGACCAAAUUGAUUCAUAAAGGAAUUUGUUUUGUUUGGAACGAUGCGUGUGAAAAGGCCUUCGAGGAAUUGAAGAAACGAUUGACUACCACGCCCAUUUUGGUCGUGCCCGAAAGGGGAGUCUAUUACUCCGUGUAUUGUGACGCUUCGAAAGAGGGAUUGGGAUGCAUGUUGAUGCAAUUGGGGCGAGUCGUGGCAUAUGGAUCACGACAAUUAAAGACUCACGAGCGAAAUUACCCUACUCACGAUUUGGAACUUGCAGCCAUUCUCUUUGUCUUGAAAAGUUGGCGUCAUUACCUUUACGGAAAGGCGAAUGUGGUAGCAGACGCUUUGAGUAGAAAAUCGACUCACCUUGCGAAUUUAGCCAUUCAUGAAUGGAAGAUGAGAAAUGAUUUAGGCGCUUAUGCCUUGCAUUUCAAAGAGGUCCGUGAUGGAGUCACCUUGUGUAACCUAACUGUCCAAUCAACCUUGUCGACUCGAGUAGUUGAGGCUCAACAACAAGAUGAAGAAGCGGGAGAGUUUCGUGCCAAGUUUCUUAGUGGAAAGGCACGAGAGGGGUGGAUGAUUUAUGCUGAUCUAGUUACAACCGUUGCCAGUGGCCGAGUGGAAGUGGGAGAAUGUGACUAUGGAUUUCGUUACCGGGUUGUCGAGAUCGCCGGGGGGCACGAUGCCAUUUGGGUGAUAGUUGAUCGGUUGACCAAGUCGGCGCACUUCUUACCUAUCCAGGUUUCAGACUCUAUUGAUACGCUUAGUCAUUUCUACAUCCGCAAGAUUAUCCGUCUUCAUGGAAUUCCUGUUUCUAUUGUGUCGGAUCGUGAUCCAAGGUUUACCGCGUGCUUUUGGCAGAGUCUGCAGGCCGCUCUUGGCACCAACUUAUUAUUUAGCACCGCAUAUCAUCCCCAAACGGAUGGGCAAUCCGAGAGAACGAUCCAAAUUUUAGAAGACAUGCUACAGGCUUGCGUUAUGGAUUUUCGGGGUAGUUGGGAAGAUCACUUACCGUUAGUUGAAUUUGCGUACAACAAUAGCUACCAAUCUAGCAUCGAGAUGGCACCGUAUGAAGCUUUAUAUGGGAGACCGUGUCGAUCAUCAGUUUGUUGGACCGAGUUGGGCAAGGCUAUGUUAGUUGGGCUGGAUUUGAUUAAAGAAACCUCCGAGAGCAUGAGAGCGAUUCCUCAACGUCUCCUUGAAGCACAAAAGAGAACCACCGAGCACGUGUCACCGCGUCGGGGGUUACCUCAUUUCGGGCAAAAGGGCAAGCUUUCACCUCAUUUUAUUGGGCCGUUUGAUAUUAUCGAGAAGAUUGGGGAAGUGGCAUAUCGAUUGGCAUUGCCACCGAGGCUAUUGGGCGUUCAUGAUGUGUUCCAUGUGUCGAUGUUACAGAAGUACGAACCGGAUCUGUCACACAUUCUAGAGUGGUCCACGCUAGAGUUGGAAGCCGAUGCGUCUUAUGGGGAGGAGCCAAUACGUAUCCUAGACUCGCGUGAGCAAGUUUUGAGGGGUGUUGGUAUCAAGUUGGGUUCGUUCCAGAGUCCGUUGCAAAUUUUCACUUUUCUGCCUAGCCGGUACAGGUACUGGCUGUUUCCCAGUACCGGUACCCGCUGUCCAGACACUUGA